UUUGUGAUUCAAUUUCACAAUAUGCAGCUCGAACAAUGUACAUUUUUUAUUUCAGAUUGGUGUUCCCCAAUGGUCUGUCCAGUGAAUAUUCUCUAGUUACCACCUUCCGGCUGAGGAAAACCACUAAGAAAGACCGCUGGUAUCUGUGGCAGAUAUUCGACCAGACGGGAGGUACCCAGGUGUCUGUAGUGUUGGACGGUGCUAAACGAGCAGUGGAGUUCUCAGCCCGGGGCCUUCUGAAGAACAGCCUCCACUACACCUUUAAGAGCCGAGACCUGCACACCCUGUUUGACCGCCAAUGGCACAAGCUGGGUGUGGCGGUCCAGAGCAGCAUCGUCUCCGUUUACAUGGACUGUAAACUAAUAGAGAGGAGGCUGACAGACGAGAAGGAUGAAAUCGACCCCAGCGGAUAUACGCUGAUUACAACCCGGGUGGAGGAUGGACGGCCUGUAGAUAUCGAACUGCAACAAAUCCUGAUCUACUGUGACCCAUACCUGGCUGAGAUGGAGAACUGCUGUGAGCAGGCAGGAUCUACGUGUGAGCCUAGCAGGGAGGGCCCUGGUGCUGGAGGGGUGACUCCCAAUCCCUUGGAUACAGAUGGAGCAGGCCAGCUCCCCCGGAUGCUCUCCCAGCCCGUCCAGCCAGCUCGGGUCCAGCGGGUCCAGCAUUCCAGCAGUGACAGAUGUCAAUGUUCAGCAGAGAAGGGUGAUCAAGGUCUACCAGGCUUGGCAGGACUUCCAGGACAGAAAGGCGAUCAAGGAGACAAGGGAGAGACCAGGAAAGACGGGUUCCCUGGAAACUCAAGCCAGAAGGGUGACCAGGGUGUUUCUGGCUCACCAGGUCUGGAUGGUAUUCCUGGACAGAAG